GGUUUUUUAAUUAGUGUAACAUGAACGAUAAUAUAAAUUAGAUGCUGUCAAAUAAAGUGCAAUACAUUACUACCCGACCGCGAAAACCAACAGAGACGUUCCUCAAAACAGUUGGCUGCUUCUACAAUGAUUAUGAAUAAACAGCCAAGCACCUACGGUUACAAUAUGCCGCGAACGCAUCCAGGCCCAAGCCGUCCUAAUCUACACGGGAACACGAACUACCACCACCCAAGAACGGGGACAAAAAUGGCGGCGAGUUCUAAACUGAGUCACAGCACCCACGAUGCGAACGACUCCACAUUAAACUUUUACCCACAACUGUUGCCAACCAAUGGACUAACGGGUGAGAGCAGUAACUCUGGAUCUAACAGGUCUCCUUCCACUCGAACGAGUUUGAAAUACGCUUCUUCGCAAGCGACGGCGAAAAACGUUUCAUUUUACCGAAGUGGAGACAAUCACAUGCAGGCGUUCAAAGUUGCGAUAACGAGACGAAAUUUCCGAACGUUUGAUUCCUUGUUGGAGUCGCUUUCAGAUCGGAUUCCGUUGCCGUUCGGUGUUCGUACCGUCAGUACCCCACACGGUACGCAUGGUAUCAGUCGCUUAGACGAAUUCGAGGAUGGGAAAUCAUACGUUUGCUCCGAUAAAAAGACUGUGAAGCCGCUUAACAUGAAAGCUAUGCAAAGCACAAGACCACCGUGGUUUAUAAGCAAACCUCGCACACGUACGAGGGUCGUUGCUCAGUUAGUUAGAAGACCUGAUGCUGAAACUUUCCGUGCCCCACAACGCACCAACCAGGUUAAAACACCGAAGAAAAUCAUCAUUGUAAGAAACGGUGAACCAAGUUUCAGACAUAGUAUACUUCUAAGCCGACGAACCCCACAAAGCUUUGAAAGUAUAUUAGAUGAUAUCGGGGAAGUGUUUCGCAUCAGAGUGCAGAAGUUAUAUACAACGGAUGGACGACGCAUUGAAACUUUACAAGAUCUUUUCUUUGGUCCAAAUACGUUUGUCGCUGCAAGCAGAGAAGCUUUCCAACCAAUGGACUACCGUUUCAAACGAGUUGCCAUUUCUGACGACACAAAAGAUCCGAACUCUGACUUACAUGGAAACUUAGACAAAGAAAGAACUCCAAAAGAACUAAAAAAGACGAAGGGUCGAUGGACGGUUGCCAUAGCAACUAGCGAGCUACCAGCGGCAGGCACAGAUGCACGAGUCACAAUCACCGUGUAUGGAACGAAAGGAAAUACAGGUCCUAUUUUACUCAAUGAUAAAAAUGAACCGACUUUCCGAAGCGGAAACGAAGACGAGUUCUCUGUAAACGUCGGGUCAAUCGGUGAAAUUCGUAAAAUACGCAUCAGCCACGAUAACUCGGGCACUUCUCCUGGUUGGCUUUGUGAAUCUGUGACAUUAACCGACCAAACUACGGGAGAAAUACUUCAGUUUCCCUGCAACAGAUGGUUAUCCCGUGAUGAAGAUGACGGAGAAAUUUGUCGCGAACUUCCUGCCCGAUGGAGCGAUAAAACAGUGUUGCCAGAAAUCACAUAUGUUGUCACGGUAACCACCGGCAACUUAUGGAAUGCUGGAACCUCCGCUAAUGUUCAUAUGACCAUAUUUGGUGAUUUGGGUGAUUGUGGCCCCCGUUUGCUACAACAUGGGGGGAAGUCCCUACCUCAGGUCAAGGGAACUACUGUUGUGUUCCGUAUGCAAGCAGUAAGCCUAGGAACAUUAUACAGGGUGGUGAUUGGACAUGAUGGGAAUACAGACGGGGACGGUUGGUUCCUUGAACGAAUUGCAAUCAAGGAGGACCGAGUAGGAUCGGAGGAAUGGAUCUUCCCGUGUAAUCGAUGGUUGGAUGUUGGGGAAGAUGAUGGGAAGAUCAUUAGGGAGUUGUACGCGGAGGUUGAACCAAAACCACAUCUUCAAUCCCGUAGUCGAAGUCAGGCAGAGAAAGCUAAGGAAGAUAUGCUGUGGGAUCUUGAAAAAUGGAAGUUUCAGCGAGGAAACCAAAUUAUUUUGCUAAGUCAUGCUACCCAUAAUGCAAUUCGUGUUCGUAAUGACGCAGGAAUUGAUGGGCUGGGGGAUCCGUCGAGCUCUAAUUGUGUAUUUGAGGUGAUGAGACGUCGUGGUAACAUUCGUGUGUUCUCAAAUAUUGCGCAAUCUUCGUUUCAUCUUGCUCUCGAUCAAAACAGAGUCUUGGGGCAGGGCAAAGGAGGUUCAUUCUGUGAGUUUCAAGUCAAAGUUCAAUCUGAUCGUUCCGUCAUCUUCGAAUCAUGUAAAUACAACGGACAACACAUAACGUUUGAUCCGAGUGGUAAACCAGCUGACACUAGAGGGCAACCAAGUGCACAGGGAAGAUUGUUCACUGUUUAUGUCAAGGGCUGUUUUCGGGACGGUUCCAUCAUCCUACUCAACACUAGCCCCACCCAAGCUUUGGCAGUUACCGGGGUAGGUGAUGUGAUUGGUACGGGACGCCGUUAUGACAUCACAGAGACAAAAGGGGGGCAAAGUGGGCCACCGAAGCAGUUCGCAAACUUCCGUGUGGUAAAGGUAGCAGAAGGAGUUAGAAUGUUUCAGUGUGAGAAGGAACCAAAACGAUAUUUACGAAUAAAAGAUGGACUAUGUGAUGGAUUGGGGUCAGGAGAUGUGUAUUGUCACUUUAAAGUUCAAAAGCACAAACUGUCAGGUUACGUAACGUUGCAAUCCAUGAAACAUCGCGGGGUGUUCGUUGGUUUGAACACAAACGGUAAAGCGAGACCUACGGUUGAUACUGGGGAUGAAAACACACAGUUUUACCCGGAAGUUAUAAAGUUUGGCGAGAAGAAGUCUUCCCCAGCAGUUGAAUGGAGGACACCAGAACCUUCUUUCCUCCUCUCUCCUAAUGGGGCGGGAAAAACUCAUAGAAGUCGUGAUAAUGUUUCAAACAGAUCGGUUCAAACUUCGUCAGUUGUUACUUUGCAGAACAGAGAAGAUAGCAAUACAGCUCCAAAAGAUGGUGACUUCAGAAUAUAUGUGACCACCGGUAAUAAUGGAACAAAUGAAACAAUCUCACUAACAGUGUAUGGGGAGAAUGAAGUGUCAGAACCUAUUGUACUUGGCAAAGGCACAGAGGGAGGAGUCUUCCAGUGCGGACAAACCGAUGAGUUUCAAGCGAACCUCUUAAAGAUCCGCAUCAUCAAGAAGAUAAGGAUUGGAGUAGAGGAAGCAUCACAAGAUUGUGAUUGGAGAAUUAAACAGGUGAAAAUGAAAGAUAUGGGCAGCAACGAAAUCUUGAAGUUUAAAUUUAAUCGAUGGAUUUCAAGAUCGAGAGAUGACGGAUCGACCUUGCGUGAACUUCCUACUGUUAAUCAGGAUGGGAAACUUAACAUGCCAAUGUUAAGAUACUUUGUUCUGAUACGAACAAGUAAAUCUCCCACUCCCACAUCACGGAGGAAAAGCAGGGGUACGGCCAACAACCUUGACCCGGAGUUUUACGUCUGCUUGCAUGGUCUCUCUGGCGACACGGGGCGGCGAUUACUGGCACGGGCACCUGAGAGGGAAACAGGAAGUGAUGUCACCGAUCGGAAACCAAUGUUUUCUCCGGGAAAGUUGGACAGGUUUGAGGUAGAAGCAGUGACAUUAGGAGAGCUAACACAGUGCGUGAUAUCUUGUCCUAAAAGUCACGUCUCACCCAAGCACUCGUGGAGUUGCGAUGAAAUAAUAGUUCGGGAGUCCGAAGGGGCUUCUAUGGAAUAUGUGUUCCCAUGCAAAAAGUGGAUUGGGGUAAGGAAAAAUGAAACAGUUGAUCAAGUUGUUCUUACUCUUGGUGAAAAGAGAGAAGUAAAGAGAAAGGAGGUUGAAAGUAGAGAGGGUAAAGAUGGUGAUUGGAAAGUGUCAGUUACCACUGGUGCAUCUGAAGACGCAGGCACGAGUUCAAACGUCAUUUUCCAUGCUUAUGGUUACGAUGGAUCCAUGUGUGGUCCCGUCUUGCUUGGUAGUGGGGCUCAGGGGAUUUUUGGUGCUGGCACAACUGAGCAGUUUAAGGUAAACCUGGCUGGGGUCAACGACCUGAUGAAGGUGCGACUGAGCCACGAUAACACCGGGAGUGCUCCAGAGUGGUUUGUAGAACGAAUCAAAUUAAAAUGUGUGGCUGAUGAUGUGACACACACACUUAAUGUGAGGAAGUGGUUGUCUUUGGAGAGGGAACCGCACCAGAUUUCGGUUGAAAUUCCGAUCCCAAGGCCAGGAGAGGAGUUAUUGCCAGUGUUGAAAUACCAAGUGUUGAUAUACACUGGUAGCAUACUUGGAAGCGACACUGAUGCAAGCGUAUACAUCACCAUAUAUGGGCAACGGGGUGACAGUGGAAGACGACCUUUGUACAAAUCCAUGAACAACGAACUUAAAUUCCAGGAAUCACAGAUUGAUAUAUUUGAGGUCGAGGCAGUUCAUCUUGGAGAACUAACCAAGAUAGAGAUUGGACAUAAUGGAAUUGGACACGGCAACGGUUGGUUUUUGCACAAAGUUUUGAUAAAAGAAUCAGAAAUUUCACCCAGAGAUUAUGUGUUCUUUUGUAACAGGUGGUUGGAUGAUGGACAGGACGAUGGAAAGAUUGAAAGAAUCAUCAAAGUUGAACAGCAAGCUAUGCAUUUAUCAUCAUACAUUGCAACCCCUUCUACUGCAUCAUCCCAUGGUCCUGGGUUCAAAUCCUACCCCAGCCCUGAGUUAUGUUCAUCCACCAUAUUACUACCUCUUCACCCUUCAUCUGAGGCGUCAUCAGCGCAGGGUGAACUGAGUUCAAGUCCCACAGUCGCCCCUUGCAGUAGUCGGAGUAACGACCAUCGUAUCCAAGCAUGGAAACAGAAACCAGAACUUUACAGAAUAAAAGCGACCCCCAAAGCAAAGAAAAUGCGGAAAGCAAGUGACAGAAGAGCUGCCUCACAAGUUCUUAGACGUUCAACAAAAUUCACGCAACAGAAGAUCAAAUCUGACGGCGAAAGCUUUACAAUGUCUUCAGAUGUUUCGGACCCCGUAACCACAACUCCUUCUUCUCCAAGUAGACUUGUCCCUCAUCUGUGGCAUUUGAACCCGUCACCACCUCCCCACUUGUCAACAAAUGAUAACGACUCCUCGACGCGCCCAUCGCCCACUGUGCGCACAUUGCGCGGGGACGCCCUUCGCCGAGUAAACUCCAACUUAAUGGAGACAAUGACUCGAAAAUCUCCUUUGGAUGAGGACGAGAGUCAAGAAAAAUCUUCAGAGGGCCAAUACAGAGUUCUAGUUACAACCGGUUUAGAAUCCACCAGCGAACUUUGCCCCAGUGAUGCUCGCACCUCACUUGUUAUAUAUGGAGAAGAAGGUAAAACCGGUCAAAUCCUGCUCGGACCGGUUUUAGGGACAAGUGAGGAACAUUCGGAAUGUUUCAAACCUGGUCAAACGGAUGAGUUUAAGAUUGAUGUGCCUGAAAUUGGUGAGAUAUAUAAAGUCCGCAUGUCCAUUAGUGAAGAUAGUGAUUGGCAUGGUUGGUACCUUGAUAAACUCAUCCUGGAAGAUAUGGCAACUCAAAAGCAACUUGUCUUCAAUUGUAACCGUUGGUUAUCUAAAUAUGAAGAUGAUCAAAUUACUGUGCGUGAAAUGCCAACUACAAGACAGGGUGAAGAGACAUUACCAGUGAACCUAUACCAUGUGAUUGUUGCCAUGGGAGAUCGACCAGGAGCGGCAACUGAUUCUUCAAUUUAUGUCACACUACGUGGCGACCGUGGUGACACUGGUCACAGAAAACUAAUUCACCCUCACGCGGAAAUCAUUCCUUUUCAGCGAGGUAAAAGUUCCCACUUCUCACUUGAAGCAGUUGAUCUUGGGAAGUUAAAUGAAGUAAUUAUCAGCCAUAACGGGGUCGGUUAUGGUGCUGGUUGCUUUGUUGAAAACGUCGUCGUUCGUGAAAGCGAGUAUUCUGACAUCGAGUGGUUGUUUCCGUGUCACGCUUGGCUCGACGACCAUGUGGGCGACUGUAAGACAUCCCGCCGCUUGAUGGUGCUAGGGAGCUGUGAAUCGACACGAGACGACGAACUCGUUAAACUCGCUUCUCCACCAAGUCGUGAACCUUCGGGUCAAUAUGAUGUCACAGUACAAGUGGGUGAGGUAAUGGCGCAGGGUAACGAGGCAAUUUCACUCACCGGGGUUUUCCAAGGAAUGAAAUCGGUGAGCAAACCACAGAGCCUCGGUGAAUGGAAGCCCGGUGGCGCUAAAGAGUUUACAGGAAAAAUAGACGUAGGAGACUUGGGUGAAAUCACAAAACUCAGAGUUGAAAUGGAGGAUUCUGACCAUGAUUUAAACCUUCUACUUUCGAGUGUCCAAAUCUCAAAUGAGCAAGAUUCCAUCAACUUUCACUUCCAGCGCAGAUUUAAGUCGCUUAACGGUUCAACUACAAAAGAAAUGCCUGCGCUGCGUAGUUAUAAACCUUCUCUCAAGUUUCUCACCUACUUCGUGCAUAUUGAAAUGAGUCCUGGAGAUUCAGAAAUACCUUCAGAUGCAAAGCUAUGUUUGAAUUUAAUUGGUGAAAAUGGAGACUCAGGUUUUAGGACGUUGUUUCGUGGUACGAAUGGAUUCUCAGCAACAAAACGAGCGAAAGGAUAUACUUUCCAACUUGAGUUGUUGGACCUCGGUAAACUUAAUAAAGUUUCACUCGCUUAUGGGAGUUCAGGAUCAACAACAGGUUGGAAGAUCGAGAUGAUCCGAAUCUUCAUUCCUGCUCCUCCCAACUCCUAUGCCGGCUCCCCUCCUCAUGAACCAUCUUACCUCUCCUCUGUGGAUCAUCUCUUUAAAACCACUUCUUUAAUCUCUCGAGUAGAAAAGGAGUACAAUCUCUCUCCCGCAUCUUCUGCUGAUCCGGAUGUGAAAAAAAUCUUCCGGGCUACAUCCGGAUACAAAUCCCGGAACUUAGUGAAAAAUCCUCCGGAUGCAAGUGGAGUAUGGAAGAUGACGGUGGCAUCAGAUGAAUAUGAUGAGGAAUCCCCUCUAAACCAAGUAUCUGUUCAAAUCUUCGGAGCCAAAGGUUCUUCUGAGGUAUUCCACCUCUCCGAUUACCAAGAAGAACAAGAUCUAAUCUCCGAUCUUCAUUUACGAUCAAAACAAGUAACACUUGGAACAAAUAUUGGUGAUUUGAAUACGGUCAGACUUGUUUUAAAGCAAGACACGAUGGUUCGAAUACAUAAAAUCAAGUUAAAAGAUGUUUCAACCCAUCAAGAAUAUCUUUCAUUCAUAAGUCCAUCUACAAGACUUAAUACAAAGCCAGAUAAGGAUGGUCGAAUAAUAUAUGACGUUCCUCUGGUUAAACCUGACCAAGAUCCUGUGUCUAAACAUAAAUAUGAGAUAAAAGUCCAUACGGGGGAUCGUCACGCCGCAGGUACAGACGCCGACGUUCUGUUCACCAUAUAUGGCACGAAAGGAGAAACGGGUCCGUGGUCGUUUAAAGCAUUAUCUACUAAUCCUGAAGAUAUUUUCCAAGCAGGCCAUGAGGAUACUUUCACAUUGGAGACAAGUGACGUAGGCGAACCACGAAAGGUUACUAUAGGUCACAUGGCAGAGGGCAAAGGUGCUGGAUGGUAUCUUGAUGACGUCAUAAUAACAGAAAUGCGCGACGAUCUGGAAACAGAAUAUACAUUCCCGUGUUAUAAGUGGUUCGACGACUCAGUGGAUGACAGGUUGAGAGAGCGUGACGUACAUGUUGUGGGGUCGAGGUUGAAGCAGAACGGAAUCGAUUUUUCAAAGUCAGUAGGAAAAUGGUCAUGCACAUUGCACACUAUGCCCGACCUCAAAGAUCAGGGCCCGUUUGACGCGCGAAUCGUGUUCUGCAUAAACGAUGGUGGAACCAGAGAAAAAGUGCGUCAUAUCGACCAGGAAGUCGUCGCAUUUGACGUCGAGCUCGGAGCCAACAAUGCCGAUUUCCCACACAAAAUCCGAGUUUUCAACGAUUCGACGGCCACAGACUGCAAGGCCUGGCCUUUCAGCGAGUUACAAAUGACCGACAACGACAGUCGUGAAAAACUUCGUUUCCUCUUCGAUAGCGCCCCCGUGUGGGCGGGUAGUGACCGAGGAUACGUCAGAGAACUUCCAGUUGUUCGAAAUGGAUUCCCAUUUAAACCUGUUGUGACGUAUUACGUUGUCUUCUGCACGAGCAGCCAAUCAGAUCCCGAGUUUCGACCUUCUCUCGUCACGCUGCGGUUGCGAGGGGUAGAUGGCGACACCUACUGGCAAACGAUAGCUGAUUCCGAGAAUUCGGCUGGGAAAUUUCAGCCGGGUCGAAUCAACGUAUUUACUGUUGAAGCGGUUUCACUUGGUGACGUCAUUAAUUACGUCAGCAUCAACGUCAAAGGUCCGACUACGUCAUCGUGGUUAUUGGAGCGUGUUAAAGUAAAGAGAGGUUACUAUGACGAUGAGGAACAGAUUUUCGAAUACGACAAGGAAAUUCGGGCCGACGAAUCGGUGGAAUUAACUCAGGGCAGGAUGGUUCCUUGUAAGUCAGUAAACAAAAAAUCCAGCACAAAAACACCAGCAACAGUCGCCUACGACGUUGCUAUUACUUUGACGGGACAGCGAGCCGAUGAAAAAUUGAACACAGGCGAACUUGAGUUGUAUCUGCAGUUGACAGGCAAUAAGGGAGUGUCUGACGUGACAUCGGUCCAAUUUAAUGACGCUGACUCCACGACCGGCUAUUAUACAUCGACCACAACGAUAAACACGACAACAGCACAGUUUGGCGAUUUAUCCAAAAUCGGAGUUGGUUUUCUGGUCUUACCUCAACCAAAUAUUGACCCUGUCUUAAAAAAACUAACUCUCAGGAAUAAGGAAAAUAACGAUUAUUAUUGUUUCCGUCCAAACUACGACUUUAUUCGUUCGCCCACAAAGCACUUGACCGGAUUGAACUGGUUAGAACUGGCUGCAGUUUUACCUCGACAAGACACUUCCACAAUAGGCGAGACGUGUGAUUAUUACGUCACAAUACGCACAAGUGAUCAAGAAGACGCCGGUACAACGGCCCAGGUCUACGUCAUUCUUACCGGAAGUGCGGGAGACAGCGGAAAAAGAUGGCUCGUGACGUCAUCGAAUGGUGAUGACGUCAGUUUCCGACCGGGCAAUGAACUUAAGUUUACAUUCACCAGUGUAAACGUUGGCACCAUAAAAGAGCUUGUGAUUGGCCACAACGGACGUGACGUCACAUCCGGAUGGCAUUUGGAUCAGGUCACCGUCUCUUCGUCUCUCGCACCCGGCACCUCUUUCGUGUUUACUUGCCAAAAGUGGCUUGCAGAUUUGGAGGGUGACACUUUUAUUGAAAGGAUCUUACCCCUAGAUCACGUUAGUGAUUUUGACGUCGCCUCCACCGAUACCUGAGCGUCAUUUCCGUGACGUCACACCUCCUAGACACCGGUCCUUUAUAUCCAUUAGCAGUAUACCUACAGUGUCAUACAUACGUGCGUCUGUGAAUACAUUACCGCUUCCUGCACCAUAGCUUUUGUAUUGUAUGAUGAUUACCUGAGAGUGCGGCAGUACGUAAGGACCGCUUGCCGCGUUAUAUCAACUGUUUCAUUUCGUUUCUUCCAGCGUCACAUUUCAACAAAUAAAUUAAUCAACUUUCGACGUAUGCGAAA